ACACUUAUUGAUAUCUUCAGAUCCACAACAAAUUAAUUACAGAGACAGUUACGAAGGAAAAGAUUUAUGACGGAAACUGGUGAUGAUCUUGCUACGGUUCCAACCAGCGUGACCAAGUCAAUCCCAUUUCUUGUUAUCUUCAAAGAUUUAAGACAUGUAUUCAGUAGGGAUACAAUUGGGCGAGAGAUUCUAGGCAUGGCGUUUCCAACAGCUUUGGCUUUAGCUGCUGAUCCAGUCGCUUCUCUGAUUGAUACCGCUUUUGUCGGGCGUUUAGGAGCGACUCAGCUAGCGGCGGUUGGAGUCUCCAUUGCCAUAUUCAAUCAAGCUUCUAGAAUUACCAUGUUCCCACUUGUGAGUCUCACGACUUCGUUUGUGGCAGAGGAAGACACGAUGGAGAAGAUGAAAGAAGAAGCGAACAAAGCCAGUCUUGUUCUUGCAGAAACUUUACUUGUUCAAGAUUCCUUGGAAAAGGGCAUUUCUUCACCUACAAGUAACAAUACCAACCAGCCACAGCAACCCCUAGCUUUGGAUACAAAGUCAAACAGUGGAAACAAAGCGACUAAAAAGGGGAAGAGGACCAUUAGAACAGCAUCAACAGCUAUGAUAUUGGGGUUAAUCCUCGGCCUUGUGCAAGCUAUUUUCUUGAUUUUCAGCUCGAAGUUGCUUCUUGGCUUCAUGGGAGUGAAACCAAAUUCGCCAAUGUUAUCACCAGCACACAAGUACUUGAGUAUACGAGCUUUGGGGGCUCCUGCAUUGCUUCUAUCUCUAGCUAUGCAAGGCGUCUUUCGUGGCUUCAAGGAUACCAAAACUCCUCUCUUUGCCACUGUCGUAGCAGAUGUUAUCAAUAUCGCUCUCGAUCCCAUCUUCAUUUUUGUGCUUCGUCUCGGGAUCAGCGGUGCUGCCAUUGCCCAUGUCAUUUCUCAGUACUUCAUGACUUUAAUAUUGUUCGUCUGCCUCGCAAAGAAAGUUAAUUUGAUUCCACCAAACUUCGGGGAUUUGCAGUUCGGAAGGUUCCUUAAAAAUGGGAUACUAUUGCUGGCGAGGACUAUAGCAGUGACGUUUUGUCAGACCUUAGCAGCAGCAAUGGCGGCUCGGCUGGGUACAACACCAAUGGCUGCUUUUCAGAUUUGUUUACAAGUCUGGUUAACUUCUUCUCUUCUCAAUGAUGGUCUUGCCGUUGCUGGUCAGGCGAUCCUGGCUUGUUCGUUUGCUGAGAAGGACUAUAACAAAGUAACUGCUGUUGCAUCCCGUGUUCUACAGAUGGGUUUUGUGUUAGGACUUGGACUGUCCGUUUUUGUUGGACUAGGUCUCUACUUUGGUUCCGGAAUAUUCUCCAAGGACCCUGCUGUUAUUCACCUCAUGACCAUUGGAAUACCGUUUAUAGCAGCCACGCAACCAAUAAACUCACUCGCCUUUGUAUUGGAUGGAGUCAAUUUUGGAGCAUCUGAUUUUGCUUACACUGCAUACUCCAUGGUGGGAGUGGCGGCCAUAAGCAUUGGAGCAGUAAUAUAUAUGGCAAAGACCAAUGGUUUCAUAGGAAUAUGGAUAGCUCUUACAAUCUAUAUGGGUCUCCGUGCUAUUACUGGAAUUGCCAGGAUGGCAACAGGAACUGGACCGUGGAGGUUCUUGCGUGGACGAUCAUCCUCUUCAUCUUCCUAGGACUUAGUUUAUUUAUAUCGAGUUGCAUCUCCUUCUUCCUUCUUCGUUUUUGUUUCUGGUUCUUGUGUUUCUUUUUUUUUUACAUUUUGUUCGAGAGACAGUUAUCUUUUAACAGUUUUACAUAAAUAAUUGGAUCAGAAGUUU